AUGCGCGCGCGGGUGGUGCACACUGCACGCCCCUGCCUCCGGCGCUGGGCGACAACGCCGGAAACGGCGCAGGCCAAAAGAUCCCGAGCGCCACUCAUCGGAUUGGCAGUGUCUUCCGCUGCCGCGGCCGUUGCGGCGGACGUGUUCUAUGGAAACGACACGCUUGGGCUUCGCGCGCAGCUAGGUUUGGCGCUGCCAGACGGCCAGAGCGCAGCAAAGGCGGCUCCCAAAGCGGCUCCUGCCGAGCAAGACGCUGCUGAGGCGAAGCUGCCAGCGGCGCAACCCACCGCUGAGGCAAAAGCGAAGGAAGACGCAGCCAGGGCGCAAGCGGAAGCCAAGGCAGAAGCGGACGCCAAGGCGGCAGCGGCCAAGGCGGAGGCAGAAGCCAAAGCGGAGGCGGAGGCAAGGGCAGCGGAGGCCAAGGCGGAGGCAGAAGCCAAAGCGGAGGCGGAAGCGAAGGCAAAGGAGGAGCAAUGCCUCGCGGCCCUCAGCGCUGUGAGCGCGGCGGCGGACGCGGCGGCGGCGCUGCGGGCGCCAGAGACGCUGAUGGCGGCGGUGCAGGCGGCGGAGGAGCACAUCACCACUGCCAGCGGCGAGCUGCAGGAGAGGGCUCGGGAAACCCUCACCUCCGCCCGAGGCCUCCUGGAGGGUGCUGCUGCAGCCAAGGAUUGGCGCCAGGCAAGGGCGGAGCUGCAAAGCCAAAUGCAGGCGGAGGAGGAGGCGGAUCCCGUACGAUUGGAAGCUGCCUUGGAGGUGCUCAAGGACGCAGACAGGCGGCUGGCGGCACGAGGCUUGCGCGAGCACCUGGGCGAGGAGGAGCACCUCGCCAGCGCCGCCGCGCGCCUCGCGGCGCUCCGCGCCGCGCGGGCCACCGCCGCGGCGCGGCGGGAGCUGCAGGCCGCGCUGGCGCAGCGCCAGGCAGCUCCCAGAGAGGCGCUGGUGGCGGCGCUGGAUGCGGCGAGAGACGCGGGUGUAGAGGAAUGUGAGACGACGCGGCUGGCAGACAUCCUCACGAGGCCGGAGGCUCUCUUCGCUUCGCUCACCGGAUCCGGGGACGGCAAGGACGUGCCUGGGCUCACCGUCGCGGACUUCCAGGCGGCAGCGCAGGCGGCAGCGGGGGAAGAGUUGGGCGAGCUGAACGCGAGGCUGGCCGCACGGCUGUCGCGGGAGCACGAGGCUCAGCUGCAGAACGCCAGGACAGCCUUGCACGAGGCGGGCGACGCCCUACAGCAGCGCGCCUUCGACCGCGCGCAGCAGGACUGCGUGGGAUCCUUGGCGGCGCGGCGCGCGGCCGCCGCGCGGCGGCGCGACGCGGCUCAGCUUGAGGCGCAGGAGGCGGCACACGCAGAGAUCGCAGAGGCGCGGCAGCGCUUGGAGUUGGAGCGGAUCCAACGGCUGGAGGACUUCCGGGAGGAGUUGGUCACGGCGCUGGCCACGCUGAACAGCACCGAGCUCCAGGAGACGCGCAGGCGCUUGGAGGCGCUGCAGGCACCCAUGCAGACACUGCAGGCGGUGCGGCAGGAGCCUGGCCAGGCCCAGCGGUCCCUCGCAGCCAAGCUGCUGACCCUGGAGACGGAGGCCAAGGCAAAGGCGCUACAAGGACUUCAGCAGGCCGACAUUGGCCCCGUGGGUCUUCCCCUUCCGGCGAUUCCCAUGGGUUGCUCCCACCCCGAAACCUCCGACUCCGCUCGCCGCUCGCCCAAUCCGAUGGCGCGCUCGGAGCUGCCGGCCCUGCCGCGGCUGUUGGGCCGCGCGCCCGCGACGCCCGCGACGGCGAAGCCAGCGCUGAGCUCACGCAGCGAGAAGCGGCCCGGCGAGCGGCGCCGGCCCUUUGGCCGCGACGACCGCGCAAAGCUCCCGGGCUCCCGCGGCAGCUCGCGCGCGCUCUCCAGCCGCGCAACCUCCAGGGGUAGCGCCGGCGUGAGCGACGAAGAAGAUGUGAAGGAAUCGAAGGAGGAGAGAGGCAGUCGGCAGCCCUUCCAGAUGUGGACCCGGCUCCGCACGCGCGAGCUGAUGCCCAUGCCGCACAUGGAGGACAUCCUGGGCAUCGGCCCCGCGGUGUCAUUCGGCCAUGGCCUGCUGUGGAGCGGCAUCUUCCAGCAGUACGCGGUGGGCUGGUUGCCGGGGAUGAGCCCCAGCGGCUCCGUAACUCUGGGCGCGGCGGAGCUCGGCAAACUGCUCAGGGAGAACCACGUGAACCUGGACUACGCCUCCCGCUGCCGCGUCAUCGAGCUCGCCGGCGGGCGCAAUGCACAGAGCAUCGACUUCCUGGGCUUCCGGCGGUUGGUGGAGUCCACCGCCAAAGGCGCCGUCUUCCUGGAGGACCUCUCGGCCACGGGGCUGAAGACCCGGAAGCGCCCGGACGAGGCCGCCCUUGCCGUGGUGCGAGCGGUGUUCAACUCCUAUGCCGAGGGCAAGGCAGAAAUGGAGAGGGAGGAGGAGUUGAAGGUUCAGGGGAGUACAGACCCACCAGGACCGCCCGACAUGUGCCCCUGCUCCCGGCGUCCGAUUGGGGAGGACUACAUGCGGCUGCUGCGGGACCGAGCCCAAGUGCCGCGGAGCUCUGAGGGGAUGCAGGACCUGCAGCGGCAGCUGGCAUUCUGCCGGGAGGACGGGCUGCCGGGGCCUUUGGACCUCACUGCCUUCAUGCGCUUCUUGGCCUUCCUCGGAAGCUCCGGGAAGCGGUGA